AUGUCGACUGUACCCGGGACCCGGAGAGUCAACACUUUCGAUGUGUUUGUGGGCAAUUUACCUGCAGAUGCUGACCAGAGAAAGAUUGGCAAAUUGUUCUCUAAAUAUGGAGAAGUCCACAACAUAUGGAUUAAUACUGCCACGGAUGGAAAUAAAUAUGGAUUGGUGAAAUAUUACUGCGAGGAAGAUGGCUUGAAAGCUAUAGAGGAGACAAAUGGGAUGAUAUUUGAAGGAGGAAAGCCCAUUAAUGUGAAAAAGGCUGUUAAAAGGGGUGGUGCUUUACUAAGAAAAGAUGGGGAUUCCGAUGGAAACCAAGAGAAGGAAGAGGGCAGACUGCCCAUGUCCCUGAAACAGAGGAAUCCAGACAUUGUGCCGGUAAUGGAAUCUGGUACAGGGCUUCCAAACAAAAGGGACAUGGAGAAGUUGAUGGUAUCCUUUGUGGAAACUCCCAUUGCUCUUUGGGGACAAAAACUGUGUCCGGAAAAUAUUGAUGAAUUGUCAAACAUCAUAGAGCAGUUAGCUAUUAUUUGUCCAGAUGCCUCAAAACUCACAGGAAAGCCAGAAAGUGAUAAGAUUUAUGGAGCACAGUACUCAGAAGAUGACUGUUGGUAUAGAUGUUCUGUUCGUUAUGUUUACAGUUCAGAACGAGUCAAAGUACAGUACAUUGACUUUGGCAACAUGGAAGAAGUGAACCCAUCCACCCUGGUAGAACUGCCUAAAUCUUUGACUGCUCUACCGCCUUGUGCUAUGAAGUUUGUGCUGAAUUCUCUAUGGUGUAACAACAAUCAUGAUCCUAAUGCAAUCAAAUUUGUGAGGGAGAUGGUUGAAGGCAAGGAGGUUGAAGUCUACACAACUGCUCGUUUGUCCGAUCACACUGGCUUUUUUGCUGAUAUUUACAUCGAUGGUGUAUGUCUCAAUGAGAAGAUGCUGGAAAACAAUCUUGCUUUUAGAAAACCUGGACUUGAACAAAGAGGAUUGAAAGGCAGAAAUCAAGGAGCUGAUGGGGACACCAACAGUAACAAUAGUUUUAAAGGAGGUUUACUGAAUCAGCGAGAUGGCCAGAGAAAAUUUGAAACUGAGAAAGAUGAAAUUAACAAUCUUCGAUGGAAAUUAAAGAAUUUGCAGACUGAGUACACAUCUUUGUCCAACAAAGCACAGGAGAAUGAUCUAUCAUUGCAGAUAAAGAAUCUCCAGAUAUUGUCCAGCAUGGUUAAAAAACUGCGCAACCAAUUUCCCAUUGACAAGGAUACCCCGUUGGAUGUGGCCAUCAGUUUAGUUCAAGGUUGUGACAAAAUUGAUGUCAGCAUGGCAGCCUCACUUCCAGAGGUCAUCAGUGCAAUCAAUGCUUGCAAGAAUGCACAGGAUGAUAUUCUCAAGUGCUCUGACAAUGCUGUCCUUCAAGAGAAAAUAGAAACUAGAGACAAUUUACGAAGGGACUUGCAUAACAAGUUGAAUACAACAAUCCAGGAGUUGAACAAAGUUCCCUUGCAAGACAGAGGAAAGCAAGUCCAGGAUGUUGUUGCAGCCUUGACAAAACAUUAUGACGCUUUUAUCAAGAUACCAAUCCCAAAUUUGCCACCCAUAGACAGUCUGAUACCAUCGUUUCAGGAUUGGAAGGAAAAGAAAAAGGGUGAGGUUAUAGAAUGUCGCAGUUUUAGUGACUUGAUGGAGUCCUCAGUAAAUGCAGCCUUUGUGCAGUUGAAAACUCAAAUAUCCAUCAGUUGUGAAUGUGUGGAACCAGAAUCUUCUGAUGACCUUGAUUCCACUUUGAAAAAUUACGCUAAAGCUUUGCAGCAGGAAGUAACAGUCUCUGAUACAGAAAAUAGUCCAGAUGCUAUCAUCAUAGGCUCUUUAGUCCAAGCACUGCUGCGUGAGCUGUCAGAGGAAGCCAUGUGUGUCGACCACCUCUCCAAUGUUCUCCAUGAGUUUUCUGCUCUCAAGGAACAGAUUUCUCCAUGGUUAGAUGCUAAACCCUCCACUGCUGAACUUCAGACAGUGAAAGGCAAGCUAAAGUCUUUGAAGUCCAAGUUGCGACACAAACUGGCAGACAAAAUGGAUGCAGAAGAGAACCAUGAUACUAAAGAGCUCGAAGAAAUUGCAAAAGAUCUGGAAGACAUUAGGAGUAAAAUUCAUAAAGCCCUCAUUGAAGAGGACAAGCUUAUGUCUGAGCUGAGUCAGUUGGCCAGUGCACAUUUUCCAGAACUUCUACACUCGGACUCAGACACAGGAUUUAGCACUUACUUGACUUACAAAGGGCUAGUCAAGCAAUCGCAGGCUCUAGAUCACUUCACACUAACCAGCAUUGGCAGCAGCUCCAGUGGAAUGUAUGAAUCAUCCUUUGAUGGAGAACCAGUGAUCCUCAGAGAAUACUUCCUUAGUAAUGGAAACCACUUGGAUAAAGAGGAGUUUCUCUCACGUAUGGCACUCUACACUAAUGCUUCAUCUAGCAAUCUGGAGACAAUCUGUGCCGUAUUCUUUGACAAGAACAACCGCCAUGCUUACGUUCAAGUGAAGAAACAGGGAGAGUUACUAUCCACUCUUGUUGAGUCUUCAAAGUUGACAAAACAGCAUUGCCAGUCAAUUAUCAGAAGCAUUGCUAGAGCACUGCAGGCUUUGAAUCUCUACAAUUUUGUCCAUGGACAAGUUCAGCCAGAAUUCAUAAUGGUGGAUGAAGAAGGGAAUGCGAAGCUGCUGCCUCCAGACUUUUCACUGACAGAUACUGACAGAUGCAGAUCUCGAUACACAACCAGCAAUGGAAUUGAUAUUAUAGCACCAGAGAUGAAGCAAAACAUGAUCCCAGUGGAACCUGGUCAUUCUGUAGAUAUUUAUUGCUUAGGACUGCUCGCUUUAUGGAUGCACUACCCAAAUACUCAUUUCAUGGAGAGAAAAGAUGGAACUUUGGACUUCUCUUCUUUACCGAUGGAUCGACGGCUUGGAAUCUUCCUAAUGAAGCUCCUGUGUCCAAAUCCAUUGCUAAGACCAACAGCAGAUUUGUGUCUCAGAUCAGAAUACCUCACCCAGCCAGUGGUAGCAGAGACAUUGCCUACAGAAGGCCAGUCUGCAUUAUAUUCAUUGGCACAAAGCCAGGAUCCAUCAGGGGGAAGGAACUCUGCCAGCCCAGCUUCUGUCCUGUCACAGAACAGUAAUGAUGGCAUUGUGUUUGCAGAGAGCGGUGCAGGUUUGCAG